AUGUCCGCCCAAGCUCCCGCCUCAGAGCUGCCACACCAGCCCGAACCAUCCUCCCCAUCGGACAGCGUCCACGACACCAAGGGCAGCCAGCUUCAGACCGCCAACCGAGCCGACGAUGACAUCGACAACCUCUCCGCCGAAGAGCACGCCGCUCUCGAAAAGUCGCUCAAGAAGAAGCUCGAUUGGCAGAUCGUGCCGUUGUGCUUGAUGCUCUACCUGCUAUCUUUCCUUGACCGUACCAACAUUGGACAAGCUCGACUCAACGGUCUCGAACAGGAUCUGCGCAUGAGCAGGGAUGGCAGGGACUACCGCAUUGCCCUCACUGUGCUCUACGUUCCCUACAUCGUCUUCGAGAUCCCCUCCAAUCUGCUCGUCAAGAAGGUCGGUCCAGCUCGCUGGAUUCCCCUCCUCGUCGUCUCUUGGGGUCUCGUGUCCACCCUUCAAGGCCUUGUAUCUAACAAGACUGGACUGUACAUCAACCGCGCUUUCCUCGGUCUCACUGAGGCCGGUAUCCUGCCAGCACUUGCUCUUUACCUGACCUUUUUCUACAAGCGCGAAGAGCUCGGUCUCCGACAGGCCCUCUACUUUUCGGGCGCCUCGCUCUCCGGCACUUUCGGUGGUCUCCUCGCCACUGCCAUCGGUCUCAUCAAACGUCAUCCCGGAGGAUGGGCUUGGAUUUUCAUCAUUGAAGGCAUCUUCACCGUCUUCUUUGGCAUCGCUUGCUACUUUAUCUUGCCCAACGACAUCUCGAAGCUGUGGUGGGUGACUCCCCAAGAGCGUAAGCUAGCAUACGCCCGCAUGGCUCCUCCCGUCACCAAGAAGACCACCACCGACUCUGAGGCUGUCACCGACGUGCCCGCCACAGCCGAGAAGCGCGUUGCUGCCGUUGCCGACGAAGCCUCGCUCGAGUACACUGGCAAAUUUGUUCUGCGUGAAGUGUGGCGCACCUUCACCGAUCCGCUCGUCUUGCUCUUUGCUGCGUCCGGAUACGCCUACGCUACCUUGCUCUACUCGAACGCCUUCUUCAGUCCUACCAUCAUCAGGUCGCUCGGCAUCGCCAGAUCGACCGCGGAAUCUCAGCUGCUCACGGUACCGCCCACGUUCGCCGCCUUCUUUGUGUCGGUCACGUCGGCGUUCCUCUCGGACAGGUACAGGUGGCGAUGGAUCUCGGUCGUUCUUCUGAUCAUCCUGUCGAUCAUUGGGAUUGCUCUCGCGUACGCCUCGAACGUGGCCGCCCAGCGUUACGGCGGUAUCAUCAUCCUCUCCUGCGGUACCUACUCGAUCCCGCCUCUCGGAAUCAGCUGGAUGCUCAACAACACCGCCGGUCUCUACAAGCGCGCUACCGCCAUCGCCCUUUACAUUGUCUUCACUAACAGCGGCGGCAUCACCUCGACCUGGCUUUUCUACAACAACGAGGCACCUCGCUUCAAGCGUGGCUUCCUCGUCAACCUCUGCCUCAACUGUGCUGCCAUCGUGCUCGUCACGCUCGCCGAGCUGUACAUGAUUUGGGAGAACCGGGCACGCAAGGCGGGCAAGCGCGACCACCGCGUCAACAAGCUCAAGGAAUUCGGCUGGGGCGAUGCCAAGAUCCGAGAGUACCUCGGUGACCAGCACCCCGAGUUUGAGUACAUGCUCUGA